AUGUCGCUUCCCACCUCCCAAAAACAGUGGCUUAUCCAAGGCACCGGCCAGGGUUUCGACAGUCUCGUCUACCAGGAUGCUCCCAUCCCCAAGCUCGGCGCCGACGACGUGCUCGUCCAGUUUCAGGGGGCAUCUCUCAACUUCCGCGACCUGCUCAUCCCUCAGGGAAAAUACAUCUUCCCCCUCCAGCUCCCCAUCGUCGCGGGCUCCGACGGCGCCGGCACCGUCCUCGCCGUCGGCAGCAACGUGACGGAGUGGGCCGCCGGCGACCGCGUCCUCCCGCUCUUCAACCAGGGCCACCAGAAGGGCGCCAUCGACACCGCCGCCGCCGGCACGGGGCUGGGCGGGUGUGUCGACGGCACGCUGCGCCGCUACGGCGUGUUCGGUCGGACCGGCGUCGUGCGCAUGCCGGCCAACUUGGACUUUGUCGAGGCCGCAACGCUGGGCUGUGCCGCGCUGACGGCGUGGAAUGCGUUUUAUGGGUUGAAGAAGUUGGCUAAGGGUGAGACGGUGCUGGUGUUGGGGACGGGGGGCGUUGCUUUGUUUGGGUUGCAGGUAUCUAACGUGGUGUUUCAGUUCGCCAAAGCAGCUGGCGCCACUGUCAUCGCGACCACAUCAUCUGCUGAAAAGGCCGACGUCCUCAAGAAGCUCGGCGCUGACCACGUCAUCAACUACCGCGAGGAUCCCAACUGGGGCGAGACGGCGCGCAAGCUGACGCCGAACGGCGAAGGUGUUGACCACAUCAUUGAGAUCGGCGGCGAGGGUACCAUGACGCAGAGCCUGAACGCCAUCAAGAUGGAGGGCAUCAUCUCGGUCAUUGGAGUUAUAUCGGGCACUCCGCCCAAGGACAACAUCAUCGAAGCGCUGUCGCGGCUGUGCACGGUCCGUGGCGUGUACGUUGGGUCAAGGGAGCUGUUUGAGGAGAUGGUUCAGGCGAUUGAGAAGCAUGAUCUCCACCCGGUGUUGGAUGAGAAGAGGUUUACGCUGGAGACCGCAAAGGAGGCGUAUGAAUACAUGUGGGCGCAGAAGCACUUUGGCAAGAUCGGAAUCAAGAUCGAGUAA